GUUCUGUUUAGAACUGUGGCCAUGAUGGUACCAGAUUAUGCGAUGAUAGCAGAAAUAUCCCUGUAUGCCAGUGGUUUUGUUAGUUCUCGGAGCCUGGCAACAAAAAUUGUUGCUACAUACAGACUGUGCUCUGAGCAGCUAUCCUCCCAGCAUCAUUAUGACUAUGGCAUGAGAGCGGUGAAGUCAGUGCUGACUGCAGCAGGAAACCUGAAACUGAAAUAUCCAGAUCUCAAUGAGGAUGUGCUUGUACUGAGGUCUAUCAAUGAUGUCAAUUUACCAAAGUUCUUGUCAGAUGAUAUCGAGCUGUUUCAAGGCAUUACCUCAGAUCUAUUCCCUGAUGUUAGUCUGCCUGCACCUGAUUAUGCCUGCCUUGAAGAAGCUCUGAUAGAGACGAUGAAGGGCAGAAAUCUGCAGCCAGUGCCUUGGUUUUUAACAAAAAUAAUUCAG